UCUCUUCUUGCCGGUUUACCAGCGACAUGGCAGUGGCCCAGAGAGUCGCCAUCGCCGCGCUCGUGGGCGCAUGCCUGCUGCUGUCCGGGGCUCUGGGCGACUACGCUCCCUCCCCCGUGCAGUACGCCCAGCCCAGGGGCAUCACCUACACCACCACGCACGCCGCACCAGGAUACGCCACCAGGGCUACAGCCCCCGUCUUCGCCUACCAAAGGGCACAGGCCUCCUACGCCGCGCACCCCCAGCCCGCCCAACAUGAAGCGCCCUACAACCCAAACGCACCGGUGGCUUACCCAACGGAGCAAAGCGGGACGCCCUACGAGAACCCCCAGCUCCCUGCCUACCGCAAGGCCGUCUACGAGGAACAUCCACAAGAAGAGCCCGCACUCUCCAAGGCGCGCCCUGUACCGGCCUACGACCCGCACCUCCAGGCAACGAACGAACCACUCGCCUACUCAGGCCACGCGUACCCAAAGAACGUGCCCGUCGCCUACCCCGUCCCCAAGCACGCACCCGCCGUGUACCGGGCGCCUCCGUAUUCACAAGCCCAUCCUAGGCAGCCCAACGCCCACCACCCCUCCGAACCACAGCGCUUCCAGCAAGCAGUCCUCGUCAACCCCGGAUCCCUUGGCUACAGCGCGCCACGGUACAGCACGCAUGAAACGCGCCCGUCUGUCGGAGGACCGAGGGUUGCCGCCCCGUCUGCAGGCUACACGCCUUACCACGGGGUGGCCGACGCACCGGCACCCGCGGCGGGCCCAGUCGCUAUGCACACCACCGUCCCGGACUACGCGCCGGUCAAGCACGCCACUCCCGUGGACUACAGCCCGGUAAAGCACACCAGUCCCGUGAACUAUGCCCCGGUCAAGCACGCCGCCGUCGAAGACUACACGCCGGUCAGGCACGCCGCCGUCGAGGACUACCCUUCGGCGCCGGCAAAGUACGAGUACGCGUACGACAUCCACGACGAAGUGACGGGCGACAUCCACAGCCAGCACGAGAGCCGAGACGGCGACGUGGUGCACGGCAGCUACUCGCUGCUCGACCCGGACGGCACUCGCCGCACGGUCGAGUACACGGCCGACGCCCAGCACGGCUUCAACGCCGUCGUUCACCGGGAGCCCGCCGCCGGGCACAGGCACGCCACCCCGGGUCGCGCGCUGAACCACGUCUCGGCGCCCUACGCCAAGGUGGCCGCCGCCGUGCAGCCUCCGGCGUACGUCGGUCAGCGCGUGGACCACGCAGCGCACAGGACAGGGUACGUCGCGGCCACGGCGCGAGCAUCCCCUGCACGGGCCUACCAGCGUUAGAGGAGCCACGUUGGGGUCGUACCGGAGUACAUAGGAUAGAUACCGUGCCCUUGACACAGAAUCUGUGUAAGUAUAAGAAUCUGUUGCAAGCAGUCUAAAAAUGUACGGCAUUUACGGUACCGCCAGAAUUCCCACUGGGAAUUGGUUCAGUUUUCGUUUUUCCGGAACUGUUUUUUUUUUUUUUUUAUUUGUGGUCCCGAAAACGUCUUAUUCAGAUCUCAAUGGCUAGCCGUCAGAACGAUUCACGGGAGAGAACGCCCCACCCAUUUCUCAUAUUGCUUCAUCCAUUUGUAUUUAUUGCAUUCAUUGUACGCUAAUAAACACUACAAAACGUCUGCUGUCCGUCAGUCACUGUAACAGUCAGCGAGGGCCGCGGCCCACGGCCCCCUUCCCCUGCACCUCUGGGCCUCCUCUGAAAGCGCAGUUGUCCUCCUUGCACUCACGGCGGCAUGAACCCACGCUGGCGGGA